AUGUGGUUCGAAUUGCAGUGGAUUAUUUGGUCGAGGACGAUCAGACUCAGACAAUAUCGAAUUAACCGAGUCAGCAUUCCUAACGGCUACGAAAUCUGCAAAGCUCGAGUUCACCUACAGGGCUGGGAAUUGGCACAGAAGGGUUCAAACUGCUCUCCCAUUGCAGAAAUUCUUGUCUGCAUGUUUCGUAGAACGUUGCUUUCGUUUCGUCUUAAAAUCAUCGAGCAUAUGCAAUUCGAUGAUCUGGAAACCCAUCCAACUGAAAGGAAGGAAGCGCAAGACCAUUGGCGAUCAUAA